AUGGCUCAGUUUUGGGGUGCAGUGGAUGCUGUUGGGGUGCUGUGGCUCUCGGUGGUGGAGUACGACCCCGGCACCCACGACCUCAAGACUCUGUCCCUGCACUACUUCGAGGAGCCGGAGCUGCGGGACGGCUUCGUGCAGAACGUGCACACCCCGCGCGUCCGCGUGGACCCCGACGGGCGCUGCGCGGUGAUGCUGAUCUACGGCACGCGCCUGGUGGUGCUGCCCUUCCGCCGCGACUCGCUGGCCGACGAGCACGAGGGGCCGGUGGGAGAGGGGCAGAAGUCGAGUUUCCUGCCCAGCUACAUCAUCGACGUGCGGGAGCUGGACGAGAAACUGCUCAACAUCAUCGACAUGCAGUUCCUGCACGGCUACUACGAGCCCACGCUGCUGAUCCUCUUCGAGCCCAACCAGACCUGGCCCGGGAGGGUGGCAGUGCGACAGGACACCUGCAGCAUCGUGGCCAUCUCGCUGAACAUCCUGCAGCGCGUCCACCCAGUCAUCUGGUCCCUGAGCUCGCUGCCCUUCGACUGCACCCAGGCGCUGCCUGUCCCCAAACCCAUCGGCGGUGUGGUGAUCUUCGCUGUGAACUCGCUGCUGUACCUGAACCAGAGCGUGCCCCCGUACGGGGUGGCGCUCAACAGCCUCACCUGCGGCACCACCGUCUUCCCGCUGCGGGUCCAGGAGGGCGUGAGGAUGACUCUGGACUGUGCCCAGGCCACCUUCAUCUCCUAUGACAAGAUGGUCAUCUCGCUCAAGGGAGGGGAGAUGUGA